AUCGAAAAUAAAUAUUAUGAAUAAGAAUUUAUUUGAUUACAUGUGAUGUCAAUUAUAAUAUAGAUAUGAUUCAAUUAUAUUCUUCUUUUUAUUCCACAUUCAAUAGUAACCUUCUUGCGCGUGUGUACCCCUUCCACCUUGUCAUCAUUUGAUGUCUAUCGACCGACAUAGUUGCAAUAGGGUGGCGGCACUGUUCGACCAGCGCCCGUACGUAUGGAAAAUGGCGGCUGCCUAGCUGACAACGCACGCAUCUCGUGGAGGUAGUUCUGUAAAUCGCGCGUGCAGAAACAGAUUGCGACAGAAAGAAAGACUAACGGCACCAUUUGCAUUACGGCAACGAUGGCAAUGUCGAAUCUCUAUUCGAAGAUUUCUACGAAGCCAAUGAAGCGUUUGCAAGACAACGUCGCGGUGAAACAGACCAAUGCUUGGAUGAACGCGGAAUCUCCGAGUAAUACAUCAGAUUCACCACCGUCAGUGAGUCCUCUUUCCUCGUCUAUCGUAUUACAACGUGAAGGAACCACAGUGAGUCAACCAUUAAGUGCUCCCGCAUCACCCUUGUCUUCCCUAUCGUCACCUGUGGCCCAGAUAAAUUUAUCAUCACCCGGAGAUUGUACCCAAGAUCCCAACUGGCAAGCAACAAAACCUACAGUUCGAGAACGAAAUGCGGCCAUGUUUAAUAAUCAUCUAAUGGCCGAUAUUAUAUUUAUCGUUGGUAGUCCAGUUUAUAUUAAUAUCACAGGUCAUACUCAAACAAUACCAGCGCAUAAAUAUGUUCUCGCUACUGGCAGUUCUGUAUUUUACGCUAUGUUCUACGGAGGGUUACCAGAAAAUAAAAGAGACAUAGAAGUGCCCGACGUUGAACCAGCAGCCUUUCUCACAUUGUUAAGGUAUAUGUAUUGUGACGAAGUGCAGCUAGAAGCAGAUACAGUUCUAGCGACGUUAUACGUCGCGAAGAAAUACAUAGUUCCACACUUGGCACGGGCGUGCGUAAAUUAUCUGGAGACGAGUCUUACAGCGAAAAACGCAUGUUUACUCCUAAGUCAAUCACGUCUAUUUGAAGAACCCAAUCUUAUGCAACGUUGCUGGGAGGUGAUUGAUGCACAAGCAGAAAUGGCACUGAGAUCUGACGGUUUUGUGGACAUUGAUAUUCACACACUCGAAUCUGUCUUAUCUCGAGAAACGUUAAACUGCAAAGAGAUCCACAUAUGGGAUGCUGCAUUACGAUGGGCCUCCGCAGAAUGCCUUCGGCAAGAUCUUGAACCUAUUCCCGCCAAUCAAAGGCAAUUGUUAGGAUCCGCCUUGUAUUUAAUUAGACUUCCGGCUAUGAAUCUCGAAGAGUUCGCAAACAGUGCAGCACAGACGGGCAUCCUAACACAUCAGGAAACAAUUGAUUUGUUUCUGCACUUUACAGCCAGUAACAAACCGCAACUUUGUUUCCCUACUAAGCCACGACAAGGUUUAAAAACUCAAGUUUGCCAUAGAUUUCAAUCAUGUGCGUACAGAUCAAAUCAAUGGCGAUACAGAGGCCGUUGCGACUCGAUUCAAUUCAGUGUUGAUAAAAGAAUAUUUGUAGUGGGUUUUGGACUGUAUGGAAGCUCGUCUGGUGCUGCGGACUAUAAUGUCAAAAUAGAACUUAAGAGGCUCGGAAAUGUGCUAGCGGAGAACAACACGAAAUUCUUCUCCGAUGGUUCGAGUAACACGUUUCACGUAUACUUUGAGAAUCCGAUACAAAUCGAGCCAGAAUGUUCGUAUACAGCAAGUGCAAUAUUGGACGGUGGGGAAUUGAGCUUUUUCGGUCAGGAAGGCAUGUCGGAGGCGACAGUCGGCAGUGUAAACUUUCAGUUUCAGUGUAGUUCGGAGAGCACUAACGGUACUGGUGUCCAAGGAGGACAGAUCCCUGAAUUAAUCUUUUAUGGGCCACCGUCCGAUGAUUGACGGAAAAUUGCAACGGAAUUUAUGGUUUAAAGAAGUUUAUGGUUCGGAGAAAAAAUUGUUUAGAUAAUAUUCGUUGAAAAUUAAAUUCGUAGCUAAACUUCUGAAAACGUGAGAAAAAAAAUGUGUAAAUUUCAAAUUAAAAUAGUUCUCAAAUACUUAAUAUUCGGGAAUACAUUAAAAUUCCAAAUAAAAAUACUUUUUAAAAAGUUCAAAAAAAUAAUACUUAGAAGCAAAUAGAAUGAUGUUAUAUGACUACCAUUUCCAAAAUAUGUAACUAUUAUCAAUUCUACUUACAAAAAGCUAUUUUUUCUAUUGUAAAUAGAAUUAAUUUAUAACAUAAAUGGUUCUGCGAAAUUAUUAUUUCUAAGAAAAAAGCAUUCAUCGAACUUUUUCGACGUCUCUGUUAACUAUUUAAGAUAUAAUUAUUUUCAUUAAAAUUUAUAUAUUUAUUUAAAUUUAUAAAAUACACGCUAAAUAUUACUACAUAUAUUUUAUUGCAGUAUUGGGCAAAUUUUGAUUAAUUUAUUAAUAAUUAUCUAAAAUUUUAGUUCUUGUUUAUAAUAUAACUAUUCAAAUUUUUUAGAUUCCUAAAAUAAAUCAUAAUAAACAUUAAUUAAAUUUUUAAUCAAAAAAUGAAUAAAAAUUAAUCGCUAUAUGUAACUGUGAUUAAUUCAAUCGAAUGAUUGAAAAUAAUUACUGAUUAAAAAAUCAAUUGUUAAUUAUUAAUUGUUAGUUUAGUUACUGAUUUAUAGAAUUGAUUGGUAUAAUCAAUAAUUAUUAAUAAAUUAAUCAAAAUUAAUAAAAAAUAAUUUGAAUUCGGAGUAUAGAAAAUCACACAAAUAAAUAUAAGCACUAAGACCUAGCUGCGACCGAAGAAGACUUUCUUACUAUCAUUGUGUUGUUACACUAUCGGUCCAAUAACAUAUGUGUAAUUUAAAAAAUAAUUUAUCGACUCAUACCGAUUUGAAUGUCUUUGACAUGACAGACACAUUCUUUAAAUUUGGAAUAGCUCAUAAAAAUUAUAAAUAUAAUUUUUGUAAUAAUUAAAAGUUAAUGAUUGAUUAUUAUUUUCUUAAUUAACAAUGUUUAAUUUCUUUCAAUAAACAAUUCAAUCAAUUGCGAUUAAGUUCAUAUAUUAUUAUUUUUAUUCGAUUACUUUAAUUAAGCGAAAUUAUUUUAAUUCAUCAAUUUAUUUUACAAAAUUGUUUAACAAUUAGAUUAUUCAUGAUUAAUGAUUAUGUACAUUUUAAACUUUUAGUCAAUUAUUUUAAUUAAUAAAUGAAUUAAUCAAUUCAUGCCCAACAUAGCCAACUAUUAUUGUCAAUUAUUUUUCUCAAAAAAAUUUGAAAGAUAAUAUAAAAAAUUUAAUUUAAAAUACAAAAGAUAUCAAAUUUUAAUGCUUCUGACUAGUCGCUGCAGUCAUAUUGAAAUCGUGACGCUAUUAGCGAGAAAUCACCCAUAAAUUUCUUACAUGUCAUUUGUAAAUAAAAAGAAUGUGGAUAAAACAAAAUGAUAAGAUUGCUUUAAAACACUUAUAAAAAUGGGCCUCAACUAUUUUUUUCAACCUUGACAGUCAAUAAAUCUUCGUAAAAAGCACAAAAAGCGAAGCCUGAUCAGACAGGAAAACAUACAGUUAGGCUGAAAUUUCUUGUGCGUCAUUGUGUGUAAAUAAAGAGAAUUUGAAUAAAACAAAAUAAUGAGAUCACUUUAAAA